GAUUGUAAUGACGUCACUUUGAUGAGUAUCUGAUCACAUCAGAUCAAAGGAAGUGUGUUUAGGACUACACCUAUAGCCAGCCAACCCAGGGAUUCUCAUUAUUUUUCACAUCAGGCAAACCUGCACUUUGAAGAGUUUUGAGGACAGCGAUGUAUCCAAAUAAUUUCCUCAACGGCCCACAGAUGGAGAAAUCCCGUCGCCUCCAUGCGUCAGAGGAGCUUAAACAGCUUCCAAAAGUCUUUUAUCGCCAAUCUCAACCUAACCAACUGGAGUUAGAGAAACAGUUGCUGACAGUGGAGUUGGAAAAAAUGAGGAAGGAAAGUGUCAGGCACCUGCAACUUGUGCAAGAUCUGCAACACCAACUGAUGGAUGCAAGGACGCAAACGAAAAGGGAGAUAAAGGAAAAGGGGACGCUGGAUUCCUUAAUAAGGGCACUUCAGGUGGACUUAGACGACAUCACAAAGAAAAAUAACACCCAGAAAAGAGAGCUGGAGACAGAGACUGCUGAGGUGGCCAGACUUCAACAUCUGGACAAGGUAAACCAAGCAGAGAUUGAAGACCUGAGGAAAGCAUAUAACGCCAAGCAUCAUGCAGCUCAGCAUGACAAAAAGAAGGUGGUCAGACUUGAUCAACUGACCCAGACGAUGCAGAGGAAGACCGAAAACAUCGAUAAGACCUUGACUGAUCAACUGGCCCUGCUUGAAUCUCAGAUAGGCGCAAGAAAGACAGAGAAUGAGAAUUUGUGGGAACAAGUUAAAGAACUGCAGAAAACCAAGAAAAUCACAGCUGAUGAGAACCGGAGCCUUAUUGCGAAGGUGGGCCACCUUGAAUCACUGAAACAAGAAGAGACUGAACGUUUGUUGGCAGUAGUCUGUGAUCUUCAGCACCAGUUAAGAAAAGGUCAGGAACUCAUCAGGGAUAAAAAAGAGAAAAUACAGAAUCUGAUCUCUAUUGGAAAAGAGUUGGGGAAUGCACUGCGUGAUCUUCAGAAAAAGGAAGUCUCUCUGAGUGAGCAGAACAUGAGCGCCACCAUCAGGGAUAAAGAUGAGGAAAUACAGAAGCUGACAAAAGAGUUGAAUCAAGCACUGCAUGAUCUUCAGAAAAAGGAAGCCUCUCUGAGUGAGCAGAACAGGAGCGCCUUCGAUGAGCUGGCUCGACUUGAGUCUCUGACAGCAAAAGAAAAUGAGGACAAGAGAAAGCUGAAGACAACUGUUCAGUAUCUCCAGAACCAAGUGCAGGUGGAUAAUGAACACAUGCACCGAAUGGACAAUCACAUAACAAUCCAAACCAGGCAAAUUGGUAUUUAUAAGAAACAGUUAGAAGAAUAUCACACCCUAACAACCGAUUUGAAGCAAUCAGUCUGUGAACUUAAACGCCAGCAAAAGGUGAGGCAGGGGGUGGAGAUAGUAGCUGGCGUUGAGCAGCAGAGAGAUGAGAACUUCUCUGAGACGACACCUGGGGAUCAGAGCGAUGAGACCUUCUUUGGCGCUACAGUUGAGAUUCAGAGCACUGAGACCUUCUUUUACGCUACAUCUGAGGAUCAGAGCGAGGAGACCUUCUAUGACACUGCAUCUGAGGAUCAGAGCAAGGAGAGCUUCUAUGACACUGCACCUGAGAAUCAGAGCGAGGAGAGCUUCUAUGACACUGCAUCUGAGGAUCAGAGCAAGGAGACCUUCUAUGACACUGCACCUGAGAAUCAGAGCGAUGAGAGCUUCUAUGACAUUGCAUCUGAGAAUCAGAGCGAUGAGAGCUUCUAUGACACUGCAUCUGAGAAUCAGAGCGAUGAGAGCUUCUAUGACACUGCAUCUGAGGAUCAGAGCGAUGAGACCUUCUAUGACGCUAAAUCUGGGGAUCAGAGGGAUGAGAGCCUCCCAGAGUCUCCAGCUUCUGGGUCUCGGACCAGAAGUUUCUUGCGCCGCUGUGCUAAACUUGUACUGAUUGUAGGUCUUCCUCUUGCCAUGGCCACUGCAGGUAUAGACAUAGCUCUAGACCUCUAUGGCAUUAGCUUCUAAACUACAAUGAAGGCUCAUAGUGGGUGAGAGGUACGGGCGGCUGUGGUUCAGGAGGUAGAGAGGAUCGAACUACUAAUCGUGACGAUUAGUAGUUCGAUCCCCGGCUCCUCCGGUCCGCAUGUUGAAGUGUCCUUGAGCAAGAUACUGAACCCAAAAUUGCUCCCGAAGGCUGAGCCAUCGGUGUGAAUGUUUAAA